AUGGUGUGGUCGAUUAUUAUCCAAUGGAGUGACUCGAUCUUCAUCGACGGCGCGGGCCUGUAUUCGUGGUUCCAAAACUACGACGAGUCGUGUGUGAACACAAACUCUUGCCAGCAGCGCCUAAUCAACAUAUUCUACGUGGGUAACUCGUUGUUAAAUCAUAUAGUGACCAUAGGCUCCGUCGAGAUUCUCACGCCCGCGAUCAGUAAUACGUACAACGACAUCCUGCUUGCCGCCGACUAUCUCCAGGCCACCGGCUAUCCCUGGUGGACGACCAUCGCCACCUACCUCGACAGCUCCGCUCCGAUUAACCGAACUGGAAUUGGCGCUGGGAAGCCCUACGACACGACAUCUGGUUGUGCUCGGGGUACAGGGGGUUAUCCAGCGAUUCUCAACGACAUUAUCCAGUUUUCGCAAGAUGUGAACACAAAUUCUCAAUUGCUGGCUUGCAGUGGCGAGACAGCUCAACAGUUCAUCGACGACGAAGCCACGAAGCAGCUUGAUAACUGGCAACCCACCUCGUCCGACCUCGGCACUCUUUCCUUCACCGGCAACGACCUGGAUCGUCGCCCACUCGACAUCGCGAAUGCAAAGAGCAUUCUAGACGGCAAACAGCUGAUUUCAAACUAUGUGUUCGAGGUCAUGGACAAGAUUCGGGCCAAGGCCAAUGCUCAGAAACGCUUGGUGGUCUAUUGGACCGGAUACCCGCGGUUCUUCAGUGUGGUAGAUAGUACUUGCGACUCGUGCUGGUUCCAUGAGUGGUGGUAUGCGGGCGAGUAUCUCACCCAAGAGCUCCGGAAUCAGUUGAACGAGCUCUCCGCGCAGGUCAACACGCAGCUUAAUUUUGCCAUUCGACGCUACAACGCGGGGCUGCCGUAUCCUGCCGUGGUCUUCGUCUCACCCGAAGAUCUGGGCACCAUCUACGAGGGCCAUCGAUUCUGUGAAAAGGGCGUCGAAGAGCCACUCAAGGGCAGUGCACAGGCUGCUGUGUCAUUCUUCUAUGAGAAGGGCCCGGAUGAUGUUCCUGGCUCUCCGAUCCGUCUCCUUAGUGCCGGUGCUGGCGCGCCCUCGGACUGGCAGCUUCAACUGUAUAACAGCGCCACGUGUGAUGAUAGCACCCCGUUGUUCGAAGGUGGCUGGGGCUCCGACUUUAUUUGUGACGCUGCAAAGGGGAUUUCCAACCGCACGAUCACGGCUAGUGACUAUCUCAGCGGCGAGGGCUCUAAUGUCCUCGUCACGGUGCUCGACGAUGGAAGCGUCCUUAUCGCUGAGCUUGGUGUCUCGUACACCAAGAUGUUUCACCCUAAGACACGGGCAAACUGGCACAUUGCCCAGGCAGUGAAUGAUGCGCUUAGGUCGAAUUAG